AUGUUUGGAAGUGAUGUAAUAGAUAAAAAAGUUUGGCAUUUUCAAUUAUCAGUCAACAAACUUUAUGUUCCUGAUUGUAAUUCCUCAUCAACUCUACUAACAGUUCCUAAAAAUUUUACAUACGAAUAUUUUCUAAAAAAUGCCGUGGAUUUGCCGAAUACUGCUAAAAUGCAAUUAUUUAAUCUUGGAACUUACUUGAGAAAAACAUACGACGCCUUCUUAGGCUCAUUAUUGUUAGGAGAUACAAUGGAAAUGCGUACGACGGAAUUUUCUGUGUCAAUUAUUGCCGGAGAGUUGAUAAAUGCUGGAUUAUGGCCGCCUGUAGAAUCACAAAUAUGGAAAGAAGAUUUGCUUUGGCAGCCUAUACCUUUCAUUUACGAUGCAGCAGAAGAUGACACCUUAUUAUUGGGUACGCUUUGUCCUAAUUUUGAGUAUGAAACAAAUAAGGUUUUAAUGGAACAUAAAUUAACAAUGGCGCAAACAAAACUUUUAAAUUACCUAAAUAACGAAGGUAAAGUAAAAAUUACAAAUCCCAUUGAAGUUGCUCUCUUAUAUUUUUCUAUUGAAAAUAGUAACGAAUUGAAUCAAAGACAACCGGAUUGGCUGAUGAAAGUUUUUCCCAGUGAAAAUAUGCUAAAUCUCACUUUAACAGCUUAUGAUUUGCUGAGUAAAACAAUCGUACAAAAACGGUUAAACGGUGGUUCGAUUAUUAAAACGAUAAUAAAACAUUCUAAGGAUAAAAUUAACGGAAUUUUGAGCAGUGAUCGUAAAAUAAAUAUUUACAGUGGCGAUGAUCGUAAUUUAGCAGGAGUUUUAAAAGUUUUAAAAAUCCCAUUCUAUGAAAUUCCACACGUAGGUGGAGCCUUAAUUUUCGAACUCUUUGUCGAGGAAAACAAGUAUUUUAUAAAGAUUAAUUAUUAUACUGGAAUAAACAAUGAAGCAAUUCCUUAUACUCUAGAUGGGUGUGAUUUAUUCUGUCCCAUUGAAAAGUUUUCUGAACUCGUUGCAGACAUUUUAGUUGAAGAUAAAGAAUCUCCUUGUAGUUCAAUGAUGAAAAUGACAGAUAAAGAGAACAUUGCAUCUUACGGAGCCUCUGCAGCUGUUUCUCUCACUUCGCAAACAUUAUUCAUUGCUUUUUCUUUAAUUUCAUAUCAUGUUAUUAUCAAUAUCUUAUAUCAAUAUCGAAAUAGUAAAUUCAUAGCAACUUAA